ACCAAACUGUGAACUCUGAGAUCCCUGCCCUCCUCUUCCCUGAUAGAGGAAAGGGGCAGACUCAACGCCUAGCGGCUGGCGUCUCAAAACCGUUACACGCGAUGCUGCUGCUGUGGGAGUUGGUGGUCGCAGCCUCGGCGCUGGCGACUCCAGCUCCCGGGGCAGCUGUGCAAAGGCGGGGAGCAGCUCAGGCUUGGCCCGAUGCGCCUAACGUGGUGCUAGUUGUGAGCGACUCCUUCGAUGGAAGGCUAACAUUUUAUCCAGGAAGUCAGGUAGUGAAACUUCCUUUUAUCAACUUCAUGAAAGCACAUGGCACUUCCUUUCUGAAUGCCUACACAAACUCUCCAAUCUGUUGCCCAUCACGCGCAGCAAUGUGGAGUGGUCUCUUCACUCACUUAACAGAAUCUUGGAAUAACUUUAAGGGCCUAGAUCCAAAUUAUACAACAUGGAUGGAUGUCAUGAAGAAGCAUGGCUACCGGACACAAAAAUUUGGAAAACUGGACUAUACUUCAGGACAUCACUCCAUUAGCAAUCGCGUGGAAGCAUGGACAAGAGAUGUUGCUUUCUUACUCAGACAAGAAGGCAGGCCUAUGGUUAAUCUUUUCCCUAAAAAGACGAAAGUAAGAGUUAUGGAAAAGGACUGGAGGAAUACAGAUAGAGCAGUAAAUUGGUUAAGAAAGGAAGCGAUUAAUUACACUCAACCAUUUGUUCUGUACUUGGGAUUAAAUUUACCACACCCUUAUCCUUCACCAUCUUCAGGAGAAAAUUUUGGAGCUUCAAUAUUUCGCACAUCUCUUUAUUGGCUUAAAAAAGUGUCUUAUGAUGCCAUCAAAAUCCCAAAGUGGUUGCCUCUGUCAGAAAUGCACCCUAUAGAUUAUUACUCUUCUUAUACAAAAAACUGCACUGGGAAGUUUACAGAAAAAGAAAUUAAAAAUAUUAGAGCAUUUUAUUAUGCUAUGUGUGCUGAGACAGAUGCCAUGCUUGGUGAAAUUAUUUUGGCUCUUCGUCAGUUAGGUCUUCUUCAGAAAACUAUUGUCAUAUACACCUCAGACCACGGAGAGCUUGCCAUGGAACAUCGUCAGUUUUAUAAAAUGAGUAUGUACGAAGCUAGUGCCCACGUUCCACUCUUGAUAAUGGGACCGGGAAUUAAGGCCAACCUACAAGUAUCAAAUGUGGUUUCUCUUGUGGAUAUUUACCCUACCAUGCUUGAUAUUGCUGGAAUUCCUCUGCCUCAGAACCUGAGUGGAUACUCUUUGUUGCCAUUAUCAUCAGAAGCACUGAAGAAUGAACAUAAAUUCAAAAACCUGCAUCCACCCUGGAUUCUGAGUGAAUUCCACGGAUGCAAUGUGAACGCUUCCACCUACAUGCUUCGAACUAACCAGUGGAAGUAUAUAGCCUACUCUGACGGCUCUUCAGUAUCGCCUCAACUCUUUGAUCUUUCCUCAGAUCCAGAUGAACUAACAAAUAUUGCCACAAAAGUUCCAGAAAUUACUUAUUCUUUGGAUCAGAAGCUUCGUUCCAUUAUAAACUACCCUAAAGUUUCUGCUUCUGUCCACCAGUACAAUAAAGAGCAGUUUAUCAAGUGGAAACAAAGUGUAGGGCAAAACUAUUCAAAUGUGAUAGCAAACCUGAGGUGGCAUCAGGACUGGCAGAAAGAACCAAGGAAGUACGAAAGCGCAAUCAAUCAGUGGCUUAAAACGCACACUAAUCCAAAAAAAUUUGAACAAAAAUAAGAAAAUAAUGUUCUAGAGCUACAUAGAAAAAUAUUAAAAGAUCAUGAUUAGUUAUGUAUUUUAAAUGUUAAUUUUACUAAUUACUGAUUUUAAUUACUUUUAAAGAAUGUACUCUAUUUUAAAAGACGUUAUAGAAUUAUAUAUUUUCAAAAAUGAUUACUAUCAAGACCUCAUUCUUACCAACUUCUAACAACUCAAUAGAAGUAUUAAAGGAUAGAAGCAGAGUGUAACAUAAAGUUAUGUUCCUCUGAAUAAAAUGGAAUACAGAAUAUUUUAACCAUUAUUAUUUAUUACUUAUGAACCAUAAAAUAGUUACUUGUGAGUAUUUGAUGCUGUUUGAUGAGUUAUUUGUAUUUGAUGGGACACAGACCAUUUGGAUGUAGUAGAUGGGAGUAUGUGGAGUAUUUAAUGGGAGAUAGACCCUGGAUAUGGCUGACUUCAUUACUGUUUUUUUAAAUAGGUAAUAUAUGCACGAGGUACACGUUUCGAAAGGUACUUACUAAAGGAUAAACAGUGAGCAUGAAGUCUCCCUCCUUUUGCAGUCCCCCAGCCACCUAGUUCCCCUUCCUGGAGGCAACUUCUGUGACCACCUUCCCGUGUAUGCUUUCAGAGACAGACCAGGCCAUCCUCCAACAAACUUUAUAUAUAUACUUUUCCCCACACACAAAUGGUAGCAUACUAUACAUAAUGUUCUGCAUCUUGCUCUUUUUUUCCUCGCUACUAAAAAUGAAAUUGCUGGGGCAAGAGUACACCUAGCAAAAUUAUGCUACCAAAUUACCCCUAAAGAGGUGAUGCCAAUUUAUACUCUCACCAGCAAUGCAUCUACUCAAAUCCUUUGCCAAACUAAUAAAUAAAAAAUAUUUUAUUAUUAUUUUGCUUUUUCUUUUGUCUUCUUAUGAGUAAGGUAGAUCAUCUUUUCAUAUAUUUCAUAGCCAUUAGAAUUUCCUUUACUGUGACCUUUCCUAUUUCUCUUCUUUGCCUAUUUUUCUGUUGGGUAUUGGUCUUUUUUAUUGCAGGCAUGCUUUACACAUUAGCUCUUUAUCUGUAAGAGAAGCUGCAAAUUUUUUUCCUUUUUUGUAAUUUAUCUUUUAACUUUGUUCUAGUGUUUUUUUGACAUGUAGAAAUUGGCAUUUUCAUGCAAUCAAAUUUAUGAAUCUUUGCUUUUGUGGCUUUGGGAUUUUCUGGCAUACAUAUUUAGAAUAGUCUUCCCCACUUAUCUUCUUUUAGAGUUUUAUUUUUCACCCUUAGAUCUUGACCCAUCUGGAAUGUAUUACAUAUUAGAGAUAUAACUUUAGUUUGUUUUUUUUUUAGAUGGCUACCCAGUUGAUCUUUUAUUGAGUAAACUAACAUUUGUCUCAUUGGUUAGAAAUGCCACUUCAUUAUAUAACAUCUUUUAUUGAAUAAAUUAUCUUUUCCUCUA